AGUUGCCCUUAACACUACGUGGAACAGUUGCUCUCAGCAACUCUUCUGCAGGUUAUCGUAUACCUCGCAUGUCCACACGUUCGACGUAUGGACGCCAUGAAAAUACUGAACUCCCUCAAGAGGUCGUCGUCGCAAUCCAACGCAUCCUCGAGCUCGAUCCAGAGAACCAGAACGAUCCCCUUGAUGUUCUGUCUAAUGAGUUCAAUCCACUAGAUAUGCUGAACCAGCUUUUCCCAGAUGAGGCCUCACUGAGCCAGCUAGAAACCGUUCAAGCGAGACUGUCUCAAAAUGAACGCGACUUGCAAGGCGAAAUUGAUAAACUCAAGGAAGAGCUGAUACGUGACCAAGAUCCAAACCGUAUGCAGAUGAUUCAGGAAAUGAUUUCGGACCUCCUUGGGCAAAUGUCACGCAUUCGGGAGAAAGCGACGGAAUCUGAGGCUGUUGUGCGCGAUAUCACGAAGGAUAUUCAGGCUCUUGAUCUGGCGAAGAAGAACCUUAUCCUCAGUAUGACGACACUUAAACGCCUGCAGAUGUUGGUAAAUGCUCUGACACAAUUGGAAGACCAAGCGAAAGAGAAGAAAUACGGAGACGUUUCACAGACUCUUGCAGCUGUGAAGCAGAUAUCUGCUUCCUUUAAACCUUACACAUCUGUCCAUCGCAUUAACCAGGUCUGGAGACGGGUACAACAAAUUCAGGGUGAGAUUCGCACUCAACUCGAAGCAGAGUUCGACGUGUUCUACCUCCAGGACCCUGCUAAACCCUCAAAACCUGCUCAAAUAAUAGAUGCUUGUGCUGUCGCUGAUGUUUUAGGCCACGACGUUCGGAGACAUUUGAUUGACCGUUACAUUACACUCGAGCUCAAGGAGUAUCGGCGCAUCUUCCGUGCCACAGACGAGGCAGGUCAUCUAGACAAUAUCAGCCGGAGGUAUGCCUGGUUUAGACGUGUGCUUGGAACGCAUGAGUUGGAGUUGGGCCGCGUAUUUCCUUCAGAGUGGAAGGUCGGAUGGGCGCUUUUCACGAAAUUUGUGGCUAUCACAAGAGAUGAUAUUGUAGCAUUGCUGUCUAAAGCGGGCUCCUCUUUGACAAUCAAAGCACUGCUCGAAGCCCUACGGCAGACAACCGAAUUCGAGACAUCCAUGGCAAAGAAAUGGUUAACGCCACUCAAUGAGAUACUGGAAGCAAGUUCGCCUCCGUCUUCAGCGGCCAUUCAGUCAAUGUCAUCUGCCUUUGAACCACAUCUUGGUGUCUUUGUUGAUGCUCAAGACAAAGCUCUUGCUGACAUGCUUGCCACUCAUCGAGCACCGGGCUCGAAGGCAAAACCACGAACAUCCCUUGAUACCACUCCGCGUGAUUCUGUCUCUACAGAUGCGGACGCGGCUACCCCGCAGACGGUACUCUCUUCGUCAACAGAACUGUUUUACUUUUAUGGCCAGAGUCUUGAGCAAUGUGCCAAGUUAUCGACAGGACAGACACUGUUUGAUUUGUGUAUGGUACACAAGAAGUGGCUGCGCAGAUAUGCUGAGGACAUCCUUGCACCACAGUCAAAGCGGCCAACACCUCAAACACGGAGGUCUAUGGACUCGCGUUUUGAUAUUGCGGAUUUGCAACAGGCUGCCCUGUUUAUCAAUACAGCGGACUACUGUCAAACCACGGCUCUGGAGCUUGAGGAGAACAUCAAAGAGAAGAUCCAGGAUGACUUCAAAGAGAGAGUGACAUUGCAAGCAGAACGUGACUUGUUCAUGAUCGUUAUUUCCGUCUCUAUCACGACUCUUCUACGAGAAUUGGAGGCCGCUUGUGAGGGUGCUUUCACCACGAUGUCCCGUAUGUCGUGGGAGAAGCUGAACCAAGUCACUGGACAGUCUUCAUAUGUGGAUGAUCUUGCCCGGGCUGUCGAGAGCUUUUGCGAUAUUAUAAAGCCGUUGAUUGAACAGAAGAAGUACCUGAGGAAUUUCUUCGACAAGGCAUGCAGUCUUGUCUUGAUGAAAUUUACCAAUGCAGUGGUGAAGAGUCGACCUUUGAGAGAAAUUGGUGGAGAGCAAUUGCUGAUCGACCUGGGUGUUGUCAAAUCUUUCCUAAUACGACUGCCAGGAGAAGCAGUAGUAACGCAGGGAUAUACCCGCAGCCUUACGAAAAGCACAACGAGGCUCGAGGCUCUGCUCAAGGUUAUUGUGACACCAGUGGACCCUCCGGAAGGUUUCAUUCUAAACUAUACUCUUCUCAUUGGCGAUGCUUCAUUUUCAAACUUUCAAAAGAUACUCGAUUUGAAAGGUACACCGAAGACCGGACAGAACAGCCUUCUUGAUUCAUUCCUCACCAUUACGAGCACCAAGACGGAUCUCGACAGCACAUCAUUUCUUUCUGCUCUCGAUAUGGAUCCCCCCUUGACACUCGGUGCGACAUUCGGUAGUCCGGGCUCUAGCCGAGUCACCCUUCCGCUGUCAACCACACCGGGCAUUGGACCGGAUAGUAUAUUUGGAUCACUUGGGUCACCGCCCUUGAGUGGACCACCCACUGGAUCAAGCACCGAUGGAAGUACUUCCAGGGGGCUGGAACCGGGACAGAAGCGAGAAGUCUUUGACAUCAGGCGGUUUGUCACUUUCGGUUUGCGGCGAUCGGAGACCUUACCGACUUCGUGACUUCCUAACUUCCAACACUUUGUACUUAGUCCGGCGGAAAUAUACUCAUCACCACGGAAAACAA